GCUUCAAGGUGGUUUUCCAGAAACACCGUUAACGUAACUGCAAGGGAAGAGGUAGGCCCUUUCAAGUCUCACGUUCAACCCGCGUAAACAAAGCUAGCUAGCUAACUUUUGACAGAAGUAGAAGAAACAAAAUAGAGCAAGGACUGACUUGCCUGGGCUUUCCUUGCACCAUGGCUCGACCACUGGGAGAAAGCCAUAAAAGGUUCCUGCAAACCAUGAUGGUCAAUGGGAUCAUUGAUGGUGCCAAGGCAAGGGCUCUCCACCGACAUUGCUGUGAGACACACGGUGCACACUAUGCUCAUGAUAAACUUGAUGAAUUCAUUGACGUUAUCAAUGCCCAGCUACAGCCCAUGUUCAUGCAGAUCAGAAAAGGGAUGUCUGAGGAGGAUGGUCUUCAGUACCAUGCUUUGGUCAGUGACACUAAUACAAUUAAUUCAAAGUUUUACUACUACAACCAUCAUGAACUGCUCUUAUUUUUCCUGUUGACAUCUUCUCCCGUCCAGGUGAACAUGGCUGAAACUGAUGUGACCAGGAUGUCAACUGAUUAUGCAGACAACGAGUUGGAAUUAUUCCGAAAAACAAUGGACCUGAUUGUGGACUCUGACAAUGGAACCGCCUCUUCCACAGACAUUCUUAACUGUGCCGACAGCCUCCAGACAAAGAAGCUAAAGAAAAGAGAAACGGAACAUGUACUGAACAGGCUUGUUCAGGAUAAGUGGCUGAAUGAGAAAAAUGGUGACUACUCUCUCUCCACUCGAUGUAUAAUGGAGAUGGAGCAAUAUAUUCGGAUGUUGUAUCAAGACCAGGUCAAGGUCUGCCACAUCUGUCACAAUGUGGCCUUGCAGUGCCAGAUGUGUGAAAAUCCUACAUGUGGCAUCAAAAUCCACACCCCUUGUGUCGCCAGAUACUUCAAAGGAAGGACUGAUCCACGAUGCCCUGCCUGUGAGGACUUCUGGCCACAUGAGAUCCCAGAUGUGUAUAGAUCUCCGUCCUCUCAGAGCGAGACACAGUCAGCAGCCAAAGAGAAUACGGCCCCCACUCCUCGGUCUACAGCUCAGACCCGGAGGACCAGGAGGUCAUAACCUCACGGAUGCAUGUAUAGCUGUCAGAACUUUCAGUACAAUGUUUUGCCUUCAUUCAAAUGUACAAAUCAAUUUAGUUAAGUUUGAAAGUUGAAAACGUUUUUAUAAUUGUAUAUCAAAUGUUAGAUACUUUCAGGAGAACAUCUUUCAUUGAAUUGUCAAUGGUCUCCCGUGAACUCCUCUUAACUUGAUUAUCUUAAUUUUAUUAAGUUACUUUCUAGGGGAGCAAUUCUGGAAAGUGUGGCAACAACAAUCAUUCUUUCAGGCAGUUUAAAUGGAAAUCUGUGUUUACAUCAUUUGUGCCUGUGGUUCAUUAGGUUGUUAAAUUAAAAUAGUACUGCCUUAUUUGAAUAAAUUAUGGAAAU